AUGGAUUUACUUCCUGCGUCUAUAUAUUAUAAUACUUUUUUAGAGAUCGGAGAAAUUUGGUCCAGGUUAUUCGAUCAUCGACCAUUUUUGAAUGGAGAAAUAAAAUUUAUGGUGAAAGAAUUUGAGGAGAAAAGAGGUGAUCGUGAAGUGGAAAACUUGUUCUCAAUCCUUGAAAAGUUAACAGACAUUAAAGAUAGUCAAGCAGAUAGAAUAAGAAGAAAUGGUGAAACAACCUUGCCUGUUUUAAAUGAAAAAUUAGAACAGGCACUACAGCUGUGUGAAGAAGUGGAAAAAGAUUAUCUUCACAUUAAGAAGGUAAAUGAAUUUUUACUAAUAUUUAGCAUCAUGAUUUUUUUUGAGAAAUAAUAAACCAUUUGUAAAUUAUGGGAUCAGUUUGUUGAUGAUAUGAACUUUAAAUGUAAACGGAUUGACAAUACUUUUGAAGAGAAAGAAGAAGAACUAAGAGACUUGUAUGCUGAUUUAAAUCAUAAACUGAAUAUAGCAAACAAAUAA